AUGAAUGCCUGGCUUGCCGACACCUCGAAUAUUCCUGGCCAGGAUAAUGGCGCCUUUCAUCCUAACACGAUAGACCCCUCAACUGCUUUUCUCCAUGGCUCCCCGACUCAGGACCCAUCCCAAUUCCAGCGCAUGUUCAAUGGCAUGUCGCGAAAUGCCUCUCCGGGCUUCCACAACCCAAACCAGGUGAUUCCAUCAAAACGAACGCGACCGGAAGAUGGCAUGCCCAUGUCGCCUAGGCCAGCACCGGGAGGCGUGACAGUGUCGCGAUCUCAAACUCCCCAAGUGCCAUAUCCGGGGUAUCAGGGUCCAGCAAAUGGCAACGCCCAAUUCCAACAACAUCCCAACCCUUACCAGCAUCUACAGCAAGGUGCAUCUCCCAACGUGACGCAGUCACCUAUUAUGCAAGACUUCGACCAGCAAAGCAUUCGCAUGGCGACGGCUUCCCCUAGCCCUUUCUCGCCUGCCGGACCCCACGUUGGCACCCAGAUGUCUCCGUCGCAGUCAGAUAAUGGAAACCGCGUACACACACCCCAGAACGGCAACUUUAUGCAGGGACAGCAGUUCGGUGGUAUGCCACAGGGGCCUGGAAUGACCUCCGCAGCCGCUCAACCCUCAAUGCAGGCGCAACAGUUUGGUGGCAUGCCCCAAGUGCCAGCGGGAUAUCACCAAGCUCUGGCGAGUCAGCAACAGAGACUGCAAGCCAUGCAGGCACAAAACCAGCCCCGGCAGAUGAACCCCAACGCUGCAAUGGCGGGACGGCCGGUUUCUGGGAUGAAUCCGAUGGCCAAUCCUCAACAAAUGAGCGGGAUGAGACAGAUGGCACCGAAUAUGGCACAGAACAUUCCGAAGCCCAGUAACCCAGAAGGAUUCAUGCGAUCUCUCCAGAAAUUUAUGAUGUCCCAAAACCUCCCGAUUGACCCAAAUCCUAUGGUCAGUGGGCGUCCGAUCAACCUCGUUCAACUUUAUGCCUCCGUGAUGAAGUUGGGAGGUUCGAAGAAGGUCACAGCAAUGAAUAUGUGGCCAGUAGUCGCACAGCAGCUACAAUUUCCGCAGAUGCAGUUCCCCAUGGCGGCCCAGGAAAUUCAAAGUCACCAUUCCAGAAAUUUGGGCCCCUACGAACAAGCUUUCCUCAACUCGCAGCAAAAACUUGCGGGCCAGAUGCAGCCACAAGGCGGUCUACCACGACAAUCAAGUGACGCAUCAGGGAUGCAGUUCCAAUCUCCCUCUGUGAAGCCAAGCCCAGGCUUUGAUCAACAACAGCACAUGACACAGUCCCCUCAAAACAACACCCCAACCCAUAAUAACGGCCAAAUGAACCCAGCCAAUGGAUUUGCUACACCGACACCACGAGGUCAAAGCAGGCCAGGUCAGGCUGGACACCGACCAAGUAUCUCUCGAAGCUCGCAACCCCCUGGCCCACCGACAGAAGGUGCUGCCGGACAAUUCCCGGUUCCCUCUCCUUCGCAAUCUGGUAAGGGUGUUACGCCAACCCCAGGGCAAACAGAAGCGAAGCCCGAGAAGUUCACCAAGCGACCUAUUGAGGAGACCUUCAAACCUCUGGUUUUGAAAGGAGGUCGUAUGCACGGUCCUAUUGCUGUUGAUGAGAUGUACCAGAUUGGCGACGACAUCUCAAGACUCAAGCCAGACGUACCAGGAUUUGGAGAAUUAGGAAUAGUCGAUAUCCACGCGCUGACCAUGGGCCUCAAAUCUGGGAUGUUUGCCGAAAUUCGAGUGGCACUGGACACCCUUACCACUCUUUCUGGUGAACCGUCCGUACAGAUCUCCCUGGAGAAUUGUGACGAUCUGGUAGAGAGCCUGAUCGACUGCGCAGAGGAACAGGUCGACCUGCUAGCGCAACAUACCCCAGAGGAGUCUGAUACCAUGUCUUUACGUUCAUACGACGAAAUCACCCGGGAUUGUCAUGCUGAAAACACAUCACUGAAAGAUGUUCCUGAAUUCGGGAGCAUCGAGUAUGAGCUUGACCGGGCUGUGGAUCGGCUUAUCUGUAUCACCACCAUCCUGCGCAACUUCUCCUUCAGCGAGACGAAUUUCUUGCCUCUCGGUAUCCCUCCUGUUGCUCAAUUGUUUGGUGAUGUCUUCCGCUAUAUGGGGACUCGCAAGAUGUUCCUGCGGUCGUCUCUUAACACCUUGGACUUUAUGAAAGACGCAGUGAUUUUGUUGAGCAACCUGGCUCAUGUUGUUCAAAUCCCUGGCAAGGAGGAAGCACUGAGUUUGUUGACUUUCCUUCUUGCCUUUGCACCUGGUUCCGGAUCUACAUCUGCCUCUGGAAAAGUUAUGUUUACGGCGUUCAAUUCUUCUGUUGAUCGAUACACUCCGGCUGCUGUUGAUGGCCUUGCCAAAAUGCUGGCCAGAGACGACCCGAACCGGACAUAUUUCAAGGCUAUCUUUUCUGGAGAUGGAACUGCACCUCCCCAGCCAGAGCUCUUGACACGUGCAUUUGGCCUUGCCAUUUCCUGCGUCCCUGACAAGAAGCCCAUGUCUGUCGUGGAUGCACGUAAGGUCUUCCUGAUGCAAGGCCUUUUGUCAGCCGAUGUACUCACCACGUUUGCCGAUGGUUCCCUUGCCCAAGCAUGGCUUGACUCUGUCGACGGAUUUGCUGUGCAUCUCCUGCGCCUUUCCUGCGCACUGUGCACUGAGCGUAUCCCACAAAUCAAUAUGCGACAAAGAGGCCAAGCCGAAGCCGACGCAUAUGCCUUCAGCUCGAUCGUCAACCGGGGCCUAGGCGUCCUCCGCCGACUCGCCGAGAAGUCAAAGCAGGUGGACAACACGGCCCCUCUCCGGGUCCCAUCAGGAAUCCUCCCCAGGAAGGAAAGCCUGCUUGGCGCAUUGUUACUUCCCAAUAUUGAUGGCGGUGUUGUUCGCCAGCUUCUCACAUAUGCUCGGUUAGCGGAGUAA